AUGGGAGCUUUGACAAGCAGACAGAAUGCUGGAGUGGAGGAGGUCGACAUCCCAUCCAAUUCUGUUUACAGAUACCCACCGAAAACCGGGAGCUACUUUGCCAGUCAUUUUAUCAUGGGAGGAGAAAAGUUUGAUUCUACCCAUCCCGAAGGCUACCUGUUUGGGGAGAAUACGGACCUCAACUUCUUAGGGAACAGGCCAGUGGUGUUUCCGUAUAAUGCCCCACCCCCUCACGAGCCAGUCAAGACCCUGCGGAGUCUUAUCAAUAUUCGUAAAGACACACUGCGAUUGGUCAGAUGCAGUGAAGAUCUGAAACUGCCUGGAGAAGAUGCUAGCAAAUGCCGCAGCUGCUUCAAUAUCGAGUUUACGUUUGAUGCCGACACACAGGUUGCCAUCACCAUAUACUACCAAGCCAUUGAAGAGUUUCACAAUGGUGUUCCCAUAUACCUGCCCCAGGACAGUUCACUGCAGUCUGAGACAGUGCAUUUUAAGCGUGGCGUCUGCCAGCAGUUCUGUCUGCCGUCUCAUUCUGUCAACCUGUCUGAGUGGGCAGAUGAUGAGCUACUCUUUGACAUGGACAAAGACGUCUAUCCAAUGGUUGUACAGGCUGUAGUAGAUGAGGGGGAUGAACAUUUGGUGCAUUCUCAUGUCCUCCUGGCCACCUUUGAGAAGCACAUGGACGGCAGCUACUGUGUGAAACCUCUCAAGCAAAAACAAGUGGUGGAUGGAGUCAGUUACCUGCUUCAGGAAAUAUACGGCAUUGAGAACAAAUACAACAGUCAGGAAUCCAAGGUGGCUGACGACCAGAUUAGCGACAACAGUGCCGAGUGUGUGGUGUGUCUGUCGGACGUGAGGGACACGCUCAUCCUGCCGUGCAGGCACCUGUGUCUGUGCAACGCCUGCGCAGACACACUGCGUUACCAGGCCAACUGCUGUCCUAUCUGCCGUCUUCCAUUCCGAGCUCUGCUACAGAUCCGAGCCAUGAGGAAAAAGCUGAGCCCUCUUUCUCCAUCCGGAUUCAACCCUGUCAUCACAUCGCAAACCUCUGACUCAGAGGAACACUCGUCAUCAGAGCACAUCCCACCAGGUUACGAGGCUGUGUCCCUUCUUGAGGCUCUGAAUGGACCCCUUAACCCAUCUCCAUCGGCCCCUCCUGUCCAGGGCCUGACAGGAGGCCACGUCUCUGGGAGUCUACCUACAUACGGCAGCGAGAGUCACCACACGCCCACUCACGCUCUCUCCCCGCUGGAGCACUCAGUCAACUCCAGCCAGGCGCUCAAACUCAAGAGGAGUGGCUCCAAGUCUCUCUCCCAGAAUUCCUCAGUUCUACCUGAGGAGGAAGAUGAGAAGUCAUGCAGCGAGUCUGAAGUGCAGGCGUGCCGGAGGAAACUGUCAGGGGACCAGCAGGAGUGUGGUGUGACUCCUGAGAGUGAUAACCUCACACUGUCAUCUUCUGGAGCCAUAGACCAGUCCUCCUGCACUGGGACCCCUCUGUCUUCCACCAUCACGUCCCCUGAAGACCCAGUGAGCAGUAGCUUGGCUCAGUCGGUCAUGUCCAUGGCGUCAUCCCACAGUCGGCACUCCCAGAUCAGCACAGACACCCUGUCCUCCAUGUCCGGAUCCUACAUGGCUCCUGCAGAUGGAGAGGAGAACCAGGAGACUCCCAUGGACAGCCGGGGACCCUCCCAGCAGGAGGGGGAGGAAAUCCCAAGCGAAUCGAAAGAUCAUAACUUUGUAGUGGCGAUCAUUGAAGAGCAAGAUUCAGAGGGAAAUGACGUCACAGAGGAAGACUGUCCGUCUCCCACUAAUGAGCAGGGUGUGCGCAGGAGGAGCGAAGUGUCUUGUCCAGAGUUGGACAAUAACAAUCAGGGCCAGUCGGCCAGCCACUGUCUGACAGGCCUGGACAAUGAGCAGGCUCCUGAUGGCCCGUAUGCUGGUCUGAACAGGUACAUUGAGUCGUAUCGGCAUGGUCGCGAGUCCCUGCCUCAGCACGCCUCAACCAGUAACAUUAACCUGGAGGAACAAGGGGUGACCAAUGAGAGGGCCAGUCCCAAAAACACUCCCCGUCGUGGACCCUUGGCUGUGUAA